UGAAGACUCGCACAGUGCGUAGUUUAAUACUCAUCUCUCCUUAUUCUCCACCCACCGCUGCGCAUUUUGAGUUCUAACCCCCCCAAAAAUCACCCUCUCCAAUCGCAAACCCUAACCAUAAAUUCGAUCAAUCGGAUCGAAAUCGUCGAAUCGACACCGUAAUUUAUCUUGAUUCUAGUGUAUAUUCCCGUAAAUUAUCAGAUUUCUUGUCCCCGAUCGAUGAGAGGCGACGAAAAUGUCCAAGGUGAAACACUUUUUGCGGAAGCUUCACAUCGGCGAUCACCACCAACACGGGCGGCCGCCUGCGCUGGUUCCCCCAUCUCAAACGGCGCCGUCGCAGCAAUUGACUUCCACAUCGCCGUUGUCCGAUGCGCCGCCGACGGCGUCGUCGUCGUCUUCGGGCGGCCAUUCGAGCAAUAGCAAUUUCAGUUUCUUCGAGGAGGAGUUUCAGAUGCAAUUGGCGCUGGCCAUAAGCGUUUCUGAUCCGGGUCAGAAUUGCGUUGACCCGGAAACCGCUCAAAUCAACGUCGCUAAGCAGAUUAGCCUCGGCUGCGCGCCUUCUCAGAACCUCUCGGAAUUCAUGUCUCUUCGAUUUUGGAGUUGUAAUGUUGUAAAUUACGACGAAAAGGUUAUAGAUGGGUUCUAUGAUGUUUGUGGAAUAGAUUCAACUCUGGCGGUCCCAAAGAAAAUGCCAUCAUUGAUGGAACUUAAGGCAAUUUCUCCUUUGGAAGAUAUGGGGUGUGAGGUGGUUUUAGUCAACCGUGCAGAUGAUGUUGAACUCCGGAAACUUGAAGAAAGAGUGUAUUAUAUGUCCGUUGAAUCCCAUGCUCUUGACAAGACCUUGAGUACAAGUUUUCUAAUUCAAAAAAUUGCUGACCUUAUUGUUGAAAGAAUGGGAGGUCCUGUCAGUGACGUUGAAGAAAUGUUCAGAAGGUGGAGGGCAAGGAAUCAUGAGUUACGAGUCUAUUUGAAUUCGGUCAUCCUUCCCCUUGGCUCCCUUGAUGUUGGCCAUUCCCGCCAAAGGGCCUUACUCUUUAAGGUCCUUGCUGAUAAGGUCAACCUUCCAUGCAAGCUAGUCAAAGGCAGUUACUAUACUGGUACUGAUGAAGGAGCUGUGAACUUGAUAAAAUUAGAGGAUGGAAGUGAAUACAUCAUUGAUCUAAUGGGAGCUCCUGGCACACUCAUUCCUACCGAGAUACCUAGUGCCCAUCAUCAAAAUUUUGAAUUAGAUGCAAGGAGUAUUGGUACUUCUCCAGGGAGUCUGAAAAGUACAGUGUCUGACCAAGGGGCUUUAAAUAAAUCAAUUCCACCUGGUAUGAAUGAAAGACCCAAACCUAGUACUUCAAGUGCAGGACCAUCUGUGGUCUCCGUCCACUCAAAUGUAAGAGGCAGGAGAUCUGCAGGAAUAAUCUUGACAGAGCAUUUGGAGCAUAAUGUUAAAGAUCUUUAUCUUCCACCCAAGGGCAGUUCUAGAGAAGAUCAGGUAUCUUCAACCAGGAAUAAUUCUAGAGAAGGUCAGGUACUGGAACGAAAUGAACUGGUGAUCAGGGACAGGGUGGAUGACCAGUGUCAUGCAAUACAAUGUUCUGUAAAUGAGCACUCACUUAUACCACCCCCUACUGGACAGCAGUUGUUGAACAUAUCUUGUGACAGCGGCAGAAAGCAUUCAGCCGAAGGAUUGAGAGCAGACAUGUUUAAACUAGGUUCAGCAGGACAUAAGUCAUCUCUUGAUAAUCCCUGGGAGCAAAACUUGCCUAUGGAUGAUAGGAAUGAUGAGGUGAUCUCAACUGUCGAGGCUGGUUUUGGUAGAGAUGUUGACGCUUCUGGAAAUAAUGUGCAAAUUGAUCCUGUUCUGAAUGGAGUUGCCGAAAUUUUAUGGGAGGAUCUUCAGAUUGGUGAACGUAUUGGUAUAGGUUCAUACGGUGAGGUAUACCGAGCAGAAUGGAAUGGCACGGAAGUUGCAGUGAAGAAGUUUAUGAAACAGGAUAUCUCAGGAGAUGCACUUGCACAAUUCAAAUGCGAGAUUGAGAUCAUGUUAAGGUUGAGACAUCCAAAUGUUGUCCUUUUCAUGGGAGCUGUGACACGCCCCCCUCAUAUGUCCAUAUUGACUGAAUUCCUUCCAAGGGGUAGUUUAUAUAAGCUGCUGCACCGACCAAAUAUCCAAAUAGACGAAAAAAGGAGGAUAAAAAUGGCCCUUGAUGUGGCCAAGGGAAUGAAUUACUUGCAUACUAGCCAUCCUAUCAUUGUGCAUCGAGAUCUGAAGACCCCAAAUCUCCUUGUUGAUAAAAAUUGGGCUGUCAAGGUGUGUGAUUUUGGUAUGUCUCGUCUGCAGCACCACACUUUCCUAUCUUCAAAGUCUGCAGCUGGAACGGCAGAAUGGAUGGCUCCAGAGGUUCUGAGAAAUGAACCAUCCAAUGAGAAAUCUGAUGUAUAUAGUUUUGGAGUCAUACUGUGGGAGCUGGCAACUCUGCGCGUGCCAUGGACAGAGAUGAACUCAAUGCAGGUGGUUGGAGCCGUUGGAUUCCAGGGCAGGCACCUUGACAUCCCGCCCACGGUUGAUCCCCUGGUUGCUGAGAUAAUAAGUGACUGUUGGAAUAGAAAUCCACAGGCACGCCCUUCUUUUGCACAGAUUAUCACCCGCCUCAAGUGUCUGCAGCGCCUCAGUGUGCGUAGAACCGAGAGCUGUAAAUAUCAGGAAUAACACCGUUUGUAGCAGUAGCUGAGAGCUCGUCUCUGGACUCGAAGAGCCAGUUUGAGCGGACAAUUCAAGAAUUCGUCUGGACCAAGGCCUAUGCAGGAAAUUUACUGAAUUGGGAAGUGUUGGUUCAUUCAAAGUGGGAACUGAACGCAGCCGAUUCGGAAUAUAUCCUCAACUUCAAAGUUGGCACAAAGUGUGCAGUUGGGGAAGAACUUUGGUAAGUUUCUGUUAUAGGCAAAGCUUGGUCCUUAAAAUUUGUCUAGUCCUAAAAACAUGAGUGAGAAAAUGAUAAGGGCUUUUUCUCUCUUCAUAAUUUUAGGGUUGAAAACAAUGUAGUUAUCAUAAUCUAUUUGUGAGAAUGUCUUAAAUAAAGAAAAAAAAGGAAAAAGGGAAUUUUGGAGUCUGUCGAGAUCGUCGAUAUAGCAAAUGUAAGUAAAAAGGGUCUCUGCAGUUUGUACUUUGACAAAGAGCUUAAAGGGAAAGUGAAACAGAUUUUAUUUUAA